UACUACAGAGCACAUACUAGAACACGUGUAACAGUCUCCUCCAACACCUCUUUCUAACGGGAACUUACAAUGUACCAGAUGCUUUCUUCCUUUGAAUGACAUGAAAGAUCAGGUCAAGACUUUUAUCUUUUUUACGUUAUAACGGUUUCAGGCUACCUCAAGCCUUUUUUUCAAAUGGAAACACAUGAACAGGAUGCAAUGACAAUGGAGAAUAAAUUCUUGGUGUCCAGACGUAUUUAUUCUGAGGAUUCCUUAAGCGCUCAUCAUGAAAUAGUAGAAAGAGAUCACACCACAGCAGUGGAUCACCUGAAACAGUUAUGUGGAUGUUCCUCUCAGAAAGCUAAGAGGAUUGCCUUAUCUUUCUUCCCUGUUAUUUCCUGGCUCCCCGCUUAUCGAUUUAAGGAGUGGAUUCUCAGUGACAUCAUAUCAGGAGUUACAACAGGGCUUGUAGCUGUAUUACAAGGUUUGGCUUAUGCGCUCCUUGCGAAUGUCUCACCUGGCUACGGAUUAUAUACAUCAUUCUUCCCAGUUGUAGUCUACUUUUUCUUAGGAACUUCCAGACAUAUAUCAGCAGGCCCUUUCCCUGUUGUGAGCCUAAUGGUUGGCUCAGUUGUAGCUAAUCUGGUACCUGAAGAUAAAUAUGCAAAUACAAACUCUACUAUCACUAACGCUACUGCUGAAGAUCUACUGAAUGAUGAACGUAUCAUUGUAGCAGCAUCUCUAACAUUCCUAGUUGGAAUUAUUCAGUUGGCUUUAGGACUUCUACGAAUUGGCUUUAUAGUCAUAUAUUUGUCGGAGCCCUUAAUUAACGGUUUCACAACUGCUGCAGCAGUUGAAGUUGUGGUGUCACAACUGAAAUAUGUUUUCGGAGUUAAAAUUCCUUCAUUUAGUGGACCACUAUCCAAUUUUUAUGCAUUGGAGAGUAUAUUUUCUCAAAUCACAAAAACCAAUAUUGCUGAUCUUGUCAUAGCAAUCAUAAUAAUGGUUUGUGUUUAUGUUGUGAAAGAACUUAAUGCCCGUUACAAGUCAAAAUUACCGGUGCCAAUCCCUAUAGAGAUCAUUAUGACAAUUAUUGCUGCUGGUGUGUCCUAUGCAUUUAAUUUUAAAGUCAAGUACAACGUGACUAUUGUAGGAACCAUACAAAAAGGCUAUCAGUCACCUGUAGCACCAAGUUUACCUGUUUUCCAAGCUUGCAUUGCCAAUUCUUUCUCUAUUGCUAUCGUUGGAUUUGCUGUGGCCUUUUCUGUUGCUAAGGUUUAUGCAAUCAAGCAUAACUAUAACAUUAAUGGAAAUCAGGAAUUAAUUGCGUUUGGGUUGAGUAAUAUUUUAUGUGGGUCAUUUAAAGGAUUUGCUGCAAGUACAUCUUUAUCAAGGUCUUCUGUACAAGAAAGCACUGGAGGCAAAACCCAGGUCGCUGGCAUCAUUUCUGGUAUACUUGUAUUAAUAGUGACAUUGGCUGUUGGAUACCUUCUAGAACCUCUGCCAAAGUCAGUUUUGGCUGGCAUUAUCCUGGUAAAUUUAAAGGGGAUGCUGAUGAAAUUCAAUGAAAUUCCUGUAUUGUUUAAAAGAGACAAAUAUGACUGUCUUGUGUGGAUAUUGACAUUCCUAGCAUCUUUUAUUCUUGGUCUGGACAUUGGGCUUGCCGUUGGCGUGGGAAUUGAACUUCUGACUGUGGUGUUCCGUGUGCAAUUCCCCACAUUUACAGUAUUAGCCAAUAUUGAAAAUACUGACAUCUACAAAAAUAGGAAAGACUUUUAUGACAUUUGUGAGCCUAAAGGAAUUAGAAUUUUCAGAUGCCCAUCUCCUGUUUUCUUUGCCAAUAGUGAAUUCUUCAAAGAGAAACUCAUUGCUGCAGCUGGCUUUAAUCCACUGUGGGUACUUCGUAAGCGAAAUAAGGCGCUGAGAAAAAUCAAGAAGCUGGUAAAGAAGGGAGAGCUACAAGUCACCCCGAGAGGUGUGGUCUGCACAUCUUAUGAUUAUAAAGAGUCUGAUGAUGAAGAUGAACUUGACAACAACAGGAUUGAAGAGCUGGACAAACCAAUAAACACAGAUGAUCUGCCUAUUGUCAUUGACUGGAAUUCUGAGCUACCAAAUAACAUUGUGGUUCCCAAAAUCGAUGUUCAUAGUUUGAUACUUGAUUUUGGAGCAGUAUCUUUUAUUGAUAUGUCUGGAAUGAAAGCACUGAAAGGGAUUUUAAAAGAAUUUAUCAAGGUUGAAGUGGACACAUACAUUGUUGCUGUGGAUAAUUCUGUAAUGGAGAAGUUAAAACGCAGCUCAUUCUUUGAUGAUGACAUUAAAACAUCAAUGUUUUUUCUCACUGUCCAUGAUGCUGUCCUAUAUGUGCUUGAAAAGAGAGGCCUUGAGCAUGCUUUAACACAUGAGACCAGCAAGGAAAAUGUUACCCCUUUCUUUGCAAAUGGAAACACCUACAGUGAAGUCUUUAAUGGGCCAAAUGAAACUAAAUUCUAAGAAGGUGAAUUCUAUAUGGUACUUUUCAUUGAAUGGCUGACCCAAAACUUGACAUUCUACACACAGGAAGAGUAUGUGAAAAAAAUGAAGACUUUACCAUGACUGAAGGCUGUUAGGGGAAAAGUUAACACGAACAAAAUGUUUCGCCUGUAAAUGCAGUUUAUUUUACAACAUUAUAAAAUGUAUUAUUCGAUUUUUUUUAAAAUAUAACUUUUUCAAAAAGAAGAAACCAUUGCUUUUAAAUAUAACACAUCUGAGAAAUAUAUAUCAUUUGUUAUUUUUUAACCAUUUAUAGUAUAUGUAUUUAUUUUUAUUGAGGUUGUGUAAAUAUAAAAUGUAAUUCUACCAUAUAGAGAACAGAUAAACAUUAAAGACCUUUCCUAAAAUCAA